CAGAACUAUGAUUGGCCAUUCGGUUUACCGAAUCUGGCUCGUUGUCUUUAUUUGUUCUGCCGCAAUGGUUCCUCCUUUUUGGAUAGGUCAUUUCGGAGAACCAUCUCCUCAUAUUCCAACAAUAAGCAAUCUCUGCAUCUCCGCAAGAUGGAAUGGCCCCCGAGAGCCCGUCAAUGCCUGAAAUGGGCCUUGAGGCAGUGGAGUUCCGAGCCGGAUCUACGAUCGACCGCGAUACCCGCCCGAACAUGACUGCUUGACACCCACCGCACUGUGCGAUCCAUCGUCACAUCCAUCAUCAAAAGGUCUUACGGGCACAUACAUGGAAUAUCUAAGUGCAGCAAUCUGCCGCCUUUGCAAGCUGAAGUCUUGGUGAGAGACCCCCGCAGGGCCGCCUAAACCGCUACUAAGCUGGCUCCGUUUACAUACCGACUCUUUGCUCGCAACGAGCUCUGUUUCUGAAUCGGGCAAAGACUGGGCUGCCAUCUGUUCCCAUCUCCGAAGCAUCGGCUCCGACAGAUGAGGGUAGCGUUUUGAAUUCUUUGUUUCUUGAUGAAAUUUCACCACUCUUGGACAAAGGGCGAUGCAAAAACAAUUUCGAGGCCAAUAGCCUAUUAUGAUUAUUACAGAAGUACAGAAGGAAGUGGUAUGGCUUUCCGCAGUGCAGAAGCACAAUGGCUUCGAUUGGUGACGACAAUAUGCAGCUCUACCUUGGUCGCCAACUUUCAGCCUCCUCAAUUGACCAAUUGGCAUAUACCCUGAGCGCAGCCUCCUGGAGUUGCUUGUGGCUGCUCACACACUGUCACAAGCGGAAAAAGAGAUUGGUCAUCAGCUUGAGCCUAGUGGAGGUACAAGAUUCAGCCACCAGGUGCCUACAGGUGACAGGUCAAAGGCUCGAUCCUUCCACUCCGUUGAACGCUGCUCACCCCCCUCACAAGUUCUUUAAAUAGUGUCGAAGUACCCUUCUCUCAUCUGCUCGAAUAUAUCAUCUGAGCCAGCCCGGAGAUCCUAGUGUGGAUGCAAAGACAAGCAUUUAGUUCGCCAUGCCUUGCGGUCAAUCGUACACCACCGACCCUGCCCCCGAAUUCAGGUUUGUUGACGAUGAAGCCCUGCAAUCGGUCAAAACCAAGCAUAAAGAGAGUGCGGCAAGGCGCGCACAUGCAGCCCGAGUCGCUCACCAGCGCCGACGUGAGCGGCAGCAGCGGGAGCACGAGACUACGUCAACUGGGAAAAAUGGGUUGGUGUCUGAAAGCGAAACCGUAGACCUGUCUCCGCCGUCGGAGUUCAGUUUCGUUCACGAGGGGGACGGAGAUACUGGGAGAGGUCGAGUUGAGGUUCCAGCAAAACAACAGGUGCAUGACCUGACUGUCGCUCAGAGGAAUCCAUCUCCAGCAUACACUGCCGCCAUCCUAGGUCGCCGACUUGACCAGGGGGGAAUUGACCCUUUCGACCAAAUCGGUGCAAGAGACUUGCCGCGGGCAUUAAGGUACACUCUCGAGUAUGCCUUUGAUGUAUACUGGCCUGCGAAUGUCAAUAGUGCCCCUAGCGAUCAGUCAUAUUCACUCAUCCUACGCCGAGGAGCGACGAGGUAUCCUCACGCCUUCCACGGACUCGUAGCUUCUGCUGCAAUGUUUCUCCAGAGGAGCACCCAAAACCGUCAAGUUGCCACGGCAUGCUCUGCCUUGGUACGCACGAAUCGAGCAAAGGCCAUUCAGCUGAUUAAUGAAGAGCUCAAGCAAUUGCAGGGUGCAGUACCGUCUGAUGACCUCGUUAUGGCAAUGGUCGCCGUGGCUAGAGGUUCUGUUGCGCACGCGAGGGUCCCGCCCGCCAGCUCGAUCUCAAAGUCCCCAUUAGCCAGGGCGCAGAAUCUUCAUUUUUAUAGUACUCAGUCACUUGAGCCUGGGUACAUCAAGGCUUUCUUCGACAUCAUUGAUUUGAAAGGCGGCUUGGCUGGUGUCGAAACACCUGCGCUUGCAACGCUGGCAGAAUUCUUCGAUCUCACCGUCUCGACCUUGACAAGCCAUCGGCCGAGAUACGACUGGAGGCAUCCGCGGCGGCCGCUGCUCACCUACGAAGUCGGUGGUCUCAUCAUCGACCCUAUAUCGGCGAUGCUUCUCAAAGAUCUCGGCUCGGGCUUUGACAGAAAUAUCCUGCUCGACCUCUAUCCAACACUGAACAUGAUCUGUGAGCUUAUUAUUGCUCUAGACCGGUUGACACGCAAGGCAGUACCAGAGCCUGCGAUGCAUGACCUAGUCAAUGCCCGCAACGCCAUUCAGCAUGCGCUUUGCCGCGCGCAACGUUUCGCCAAUCCCGCGAGCCUGGAACAAGCCAUUUACGAUACUACUCGAGCUGCUCUGCUCUGUUUCAGCGAUAUGGUCAUUUUCCCAAUUCCCACCAGUACCAGUGUUCGAUUACGACUUGCUACCGAGCUCCAUGCUUCUCUCUCUGCGUGCGAGGCAUUCGACGGGUGGUGUCAUGGGUUUGAAGGAUUUAAAAUAUGGGCGACAACCAUAGGUGCAAUUGCGGCCAUCAAUCUACCCCUCAAGGGUUCCUUUCUUGACAUGUUGCACGGGCUCCUCUCCAUGGGCUACUGGUCAUGGGAAAUUCUCAGAAUGCAGCUGCACAACUUUGUCUGGUGGGAUUACAUGUGCGACGAGUUGGGACAGACUGUGCACGCAGAAGCAAUCAGGAUCGCCCCUUUUCCGACUCCGCCACCAGGGAAUCAACAGACACUCAUUUUCCGCAGUGGACAUCCAGACAAAUAGGCUUAUCCCUAACUCCAGCGUUGACUUAUUGACUGGGGGCCUCAACAACUCCGUCGUCCAGGGGCCAAGAAGCAUGCCUCACGGCUUGCGACGGGGCUAUUCUCAGUGUGACCUUCCAUGUGCCACUUGUAUAGAUCUUAAGGUCGUGUUUGGUGGCUACAGCCUCAGCACUCAGGCUCUUACUUGAAUAAAU